CGCCUCGCCUCAGCAGCCCCCGGCAGGCGCAGGCCGCGCUGCCGCCCCCGCAGCCCCGGUGCCUCAGGUCGGCCCGGCCGCUUUCCCGCCGCCGCGCUCAGGCACUAGCUGCAUUGCACACUGCUUGGUGAAGAUCGAGUGCAGAAAAUGUCACCUCAGGAGCUUGCUGCACUGCUCUGCAGGGAAGGAGACCACCAUCUCGCCCAGGAGGAGUUACCUACAGCCACUGCUUUCUACAUGGCUGCCUUCAGCUGCAGUGCUGCCACAGCCACACAGAAAGUGAACUCCUUGCACAAAGAGCUCUGGGAGAAAGUCACAGCCACCCUGGAGAUGUGGUGCCAAGGCAAGAAUCAGAUUCCCAAGAUUCAGAGCGAGAACCUGGCCGUUAUCUCCCUCAGUGUGGGAAUAGCUGCUGCCUUUCUUUCCACCCUAAGUCCCAACAGUGUGGUGUCCUCAGAAUGUAAACUGGAGACCCCUUGUAGCAAGGCCCUCAAGGAAUUCUCGGCUGAUACUCAUCUCGGAGAUGAGAAAGCUGUGGGUCCGCUCUUGGAACGAGCUGCUGCGUAUUUUUGCUUGGGCGGACGGAUGCAGGAAACGAUACAGGAUUUAGCAGAAGCCUUUGCAGCAGCUCCGGCCCAGGCAAUGAAACACUUUGAAGAGCGUUUCUCAGCACAUGACACUGAGAGGAUAGAAGAGCAGGCUAGAACUGUCCUGGAGGCAAAGUUUGCAGCAUACAGGGAGGCCGUGCGUGCUCGGACUGAACUCAGAGGCAAUCAUGGUACUGAACUGCUUGCUUCUGUCAUCCAGACAGUCCAGUUUCUCCUUCAGAUCUCCCCAGGCUCCAAACGUGAGCUCAGUGUUCGGCUAGCAGACUGCCACCUCCUGCGUGGGCACAUCAGAGCUGCCCUGGAUAUCUGUGACCACCUCUUGGCAGCAGAGGAGAAAACUUACUACAACACCCUCUUAGCAUUGCGAGGGUUCUGCUCCCUCCACGCUCAUGACCAUCAGCAAGCCCUGCAGGACUUUCAAAAGGUCAUUGAGCACGAUUCCCCACAUCCUAACAGCUGUAUUAAAGCCUUGUGUGGGCGUGGACUUAUCCGGAUUUCUGGUGGCAACCAUUACUUGGCAACCCUCGAUUAUAUCACAGCUUGCCAGUUAAAGCUGGAAGAAACUAUCUUCACAAUCAAGUCCUAUGUGCCUUGGAACCAAAGAGGACUGCUGCUGAAAGUUCUCCAAGAAGAAGGACAGAAGAUGCUCCAGAAGAAGAGAGACGCCCCUGGGAUUUACCAGCUGGCUUCUCUCUUGGUGGAGCUGGACGCCUCUGAUGAAGCAUCAGGGCUCCUUUGUGCUGAUGCCCUUUACCAGAUGGGCUGUGUAGAAGCAGCUCACAAGCUCCUCUCACUGGCACUCUCCAGAACCCCCCAGAGCUCUCCCGUCCUGGCUAGACUCGCACUGCUGCAACUGAAGAAAGGUUUCAUCUACGAUGGAAACCAGCUGCUGAAGAAAGUGAUCAGAAUGGGAGAUACCUCCUGCCUCCUGCCAAUCAUGGACAUUUUCAAGGAUGAAGACCGGAAGCUGAUGCAGACUCACUGCCAUUUCAGAGCGCUGACCAUCCUGAAGAGCAAACAGGGGGAUGCUGACAUCAAAGAGGCCAUUGCCUACCUCUCCUUUGCCAUCAUUGCUGCAGGUGGUUAUGCUGAAGAUUGCCUUCUCAUCAGGGCUGGAUGUUAUGGGCGCCUCGGUCAGAAGAAAACUGCUAUUUUUGAUUUUAAUGCCAUCCUGAAGGAAGACCCGAGGAACGUGCAAGCUCUGAGUGGCCGAGGAUUCAUUUACCUUGCUCUCAAGCAGCAGAAGGAGGCAGUGCAAGAUUUGAUCUCGGCACUGAAGGCGGAGGCAGGAGUAGUGAUCCCAGCAAUCCUGUCUUUGAAGCGUGAAGCCCAAGGGCUGAUCACUCAAUGGCUUCUUCAGCAUGGCAGGACCAUGUUAACUGAGCUUGUUGCUACUAAAGACCUUUCAAGAGAAACCCUCAGAGACCUUCUCAUGAUUGCAAAAGCACUCAUUAAAAUUUGCAAGGAUUCACAAUAUCACAUCUUCUACACAGAUGUUUUGAUUGCAAGUGGAAGGUAUGAAGAGGCCCUUGCUCACCUUCGAGAGGCAUUUGGCCACCCUCCUGCUGACGACUUGGCUCGUGCAAGACUGGCCGUGCUGCAGCUGAGGAAGAGGAACGUGCCGGUGGCAGCUCACUCCUUCAGCAUCCUAGCUAAGAAAGACGAAAGGGAGCUGGGCUUUCUCCUGAACUUCAUAGACGCCAAACAACAGCAGCAUCUCUCUCAGGUAGCAGCCCAAGAAGGAAAUACGCUGAUGAAAGGACAUCACUAUGAGAAGGCCCUUGGUUAUUACACCCUGGCUGCCUUGACAAGCAAAGAUAAUCCAAGGUAUCUCCGACGGAGAGCUGCGUGCCUUACGCACCUGAAAAAGUAUGACAGAGCUUUAAAAGAUAUGGAGAAAGUGAUCCAGAAGCACGGCUGUAACAGCCUGAAAACACGCGUGGAGGACCACUGCGCAAAGGGCCGCCUGCUGCUGGCGGCGGCUGAGGAGGAAGCCGCGGUGAAACAGUACAUCGAGGCACUGCAGUUAGACCAAUCCAUAGCGUUGUGCAGCAUCAUGAAUGGCCCUGGCAGGGAAAUUUUAACCAGAACAUUUCAUAAGGUUGCACAACAUAAUUUUGAAAUGCAGCGUUACGAAGAGGCCUGGAAAAUCACAGACUAUGGUCUGAAAAUUGAUAAAAAUACUGAACUUAAAAAGCUGAAAACAAGACUUAAACGAGAGGCAUCAAGCUGUAGCAUACAUUAAUUCAUCUGGACAUUUGUCAGUGUCUGAUUGCUUUCUCGUUUGUUUGUGAAGCUGCAAGAAUAAGCGAAGUUGAGAAGCCCAUGACAAAUGCACAAUGGACAUGGCACUGAACAUGGCAGUGAAACAAAAAAGAGAGCUAUCAGAAGAAGGCAAAUUGCAAUAUUCAGCAUUCUUUAAAAUUACCAUGGAUGUAUGUAAACUCACCCUUGUGAAGAAAGUGUUUUGUUUGGCUGAACUCAACUAACUCUCACACAGGGGUUCCAGUCAUAGUGAAGGAAAACACUCAACUUGCAGUUUAUGAAUAAUAGCCAUGGAUUUUCUUGCUGUUUAUUUGAUUAGCUUGAACACACACCACUCAAUUAAGUAGCCUUUUUUAUGGGCCAGUCAAAAACAUCGGUCAAAAGUAACAUUUGUAAUGUGUUUGCAAGGGCCCACGCGCGUUACACCACUCGGAUGACCCACUCCUGAAUGGAAGGAGCUGCCCCGUCACCAUCUAGUGUAUCUGCAGUGAUCGGCACCAACGUAGGGGAGCAGAGUGGUACACAUGCCCAGUAAACUGUUUUUCUGUCCCAGGGAACACUGAUAAUAUGAAGGAUGAGACUCAACAGAGAUGAAACAUCCAACCUAGUGACCGAUACCCUGUUAUCUGGGACACGCAGGUGGCAAUACUCCAGAUUUCACCUUGGAUUUCCAGCCCGCCGUGUCUCAGUUUGCCGGUGCAGAGCCAUGGAGAUAAUCCUACAAGAGCCCUCUAAAUAUCAUCUUUCACGCUCCCGGACAGUUGUGCACAAAAGCCAGCACAGGAGCAUGAGCUAAUGGAGGAGUGAUCAAUGUGCCGGCAGGAGGCUGAAGGUGACAGCCAGGACAAUAAGUGAUUGCUCUGCAGUGAUUCUCGCUUGUUCUUCCACAUCCGUGCUGGCCAGCCCGCGAAUCAGCAUCUCCACAGAGAUACUGCUGAUCUACCCCAUUUCUGCGUGGUUUGGUGCUUCUGCUGUGCAAAGGGAGCCUAUAGCUUAAUUUGGAAGCAGCUGUGCAAAAAGGAAACGAUGAGGUGGGGCCCAAACCAACAGACUGUAUAUUUGUUUUGACUGCUCCAAGUGAAUUCCUCCCGGUGUUUUUGGAGUGCAAUAAUAAAACCGUGAGGAAAAAUAUAAACUACUAUUGAAAACAAAGAUUAAAGCAAUACUGAGAACCGCUCUCCUGCUUUGAUUAGGAUGAAAGGGAAAUGGAACAUUUUCUCUCUUGUCACAUUGUUUUCUGAAAGGCAGCAUUCCAGAAAGUUCAUUCUGCAGCCAUGCCAUCAGCCCAGUAGGCAAUGAUACCAUCUGUACUCUUGCAUCUUUUUUCCUUCUCUGCAUGCUCCUGUUUCCCUCCCUAAGAGCACAGGUAAGAGUGGGCUUCUUUGCUUCCAAAUUCAAGAAAAGUUACUCUGAGUUUAAUCCUGGUGACACUGGUGAGGGCUUCAUGCUCCUGACUGCCAUCAAGACGCUACAGGAUAAUUUCUUUCUAAGCAUGAAAUGAUAUCCUUAAACAACUGUUAGCUACAUUUGCAAGCUGAAAGGAGUAACUAUACUCUGGUUCUCUUCCCACUAAUCUGUGCUGACAGGAAGGAAUAAUAGCAGUACAAAAACUGUAUGAAGAAAGUAUCAGGGUUUAAACUAAAAGAGAGGAAAACAGUCCACACUGGAUUCGUAGCCUCUCUGCUGAGAGCAGCAGUACCACCUUUCUGAAUUUUACUACGUAAUUUCUAGUGAACUGAGAUUUCCUUAAAGCCCAAAGAGUUAUGCUAAGGAAAUUUGUUUUCAGAUGUCUAUAGCUGCUGUUUCUUGAAGCCCCAGGAAGGCCCAGAACUUUCUGUCUGUUCCUCAUGGUCUAGAGCAGCAGCUGCUUCUCUCAGCAGAUCCUGACUGUUCUCAUCAGCAUUUUUGUGUCCUUUAUCUUCUCCAUCCUCUUUCUGUGCCCACUAAACCCCUGUGAUCAAAGAUUCUUUGCCUGUGGCUAAGCUCCUGAUUUGGUCCUUAUUUCUCCGUUGCGUGCUUGCUCUUCCAACUAAUUUCUUGGAAUAUCAAAUAGAUCUUUGUGAUUAGUCACAGCGAGAGGGGUUUGAUUAGCAGCAUUAUGCACGCCUAGCACAAUUUCACACUUGCCACAUCCCGUUCUGACACUCGUUUCCUGGAGUCCUGGGGAGCAGACAAGAUUUCAUCUGACCCAUCUAUUCCAAGUACUGCCCAGCCCACCCAGCUCGCGGCCAAACCCGCCCUGUACCUGCACGUUCACAUUCACUCGGUUACACUGCGCUUUGCCAAAAGACGGGAUCAUCCAAACCAAACAAAAAACCAACCCAAAACCCGCUGCAGAUUGCGGGGAAGGAGCCAUCCUGAGUACCCAGCGUUUCUAACAGACCAUCACUGGCUUUGGUUAUAACUCAGGCUAAUUGUGGUCCUUCAGUCAGCACUAGUGAGGCCACAAAGACCAUUUAAGAUGUUUUAAUAGGAUCAGUGCGCUCGAGUCGGGCUCUGGCCAGACUGCUGCUAUGUUAAACAAGUUAUCCCAGCAAUCAGGCUCGUUCUCCCGGGGGAGCGAGCACUGGCUGCUUUCCCUUCAGCCCAGUCUCCCCUGCCAGAAAUAGUUAUGCAGCAGAAAUCUCUCAGUAUUUAUCAGCAAACAUCUCCCUCCCCUCCAGGCUGAUAAAUCUCAUUCUUAUCUGUUGUGCUACCCAUGUCAGGGUCUGGGACCACUCCACUGAAUCACCUACUCGGUUACAUACAUGCCAUUUUCUAACAGGAUAUUGUUUCCACUUCUUCCAGAUUGAAGAAUCUGGAUAGAAAAAAAAAUGCAGUGGUCAUUUCUGUAUGUUUCUUUAAUGUUAAGCUGCAAUUCACCAAGAUAGUGGAGCUAUUUCCAACUGCUCUGAGACCCAUCUCUCAUUCUGUGCAUCCAGCCAAUGGGUCAGUUAUUUAGAAAAGGAACUCUCUUGGAACACUUGCUCCUUGAAAGUCCCUUGUGCAAUGUGCUUUAGGACAUAUUCUUAUGGCAUGCUGCUGGAAAUGUUCGAUAACCGUGAAGAAUUCAGCACUGAUGUAAUCAAGAAGAGAACAGGGCCUGAUAACCUAUGUCAGUAGUGGAACUGGAUACCUGUUGGUUUGUAAGCCAGCCUGAAGCUACAUUCAUCCCAAGGAGAGAUUAAGUAUCUGUAGUUUAUUCGGCUCUGAGCUAUAUACAGACACUACCAAGUAUUUCUCUGCUCCCCAAGAAUUUUGUCCCUUUAAAGUAUUCUGCAACCUCAGUACCACACCGGUCAGGCUGUAAUAAUUGCAGAAAGACCACCUUGUCGCACAGAGUCACCAGGUAAUGAGAAAUGAAAGGAAACUUUGAAAUCAUGAUUGAGAAUGUUCUACACAAACAAUUACCUGCCGGUCUUGCCUCUGCGGAGUAUUCAACGCUCCUUACAAGACUAUAAAAGGAAAAUCAGAUGUGAGAAUAUUUGCACCACAAAUGCAAUUACACGAGGAAAGUUUCCUGACCUCCUGCUCUGCAGUCCAGCAGCCAAAGAGCAGCUUAGAAAGGAUGGCAAAUUGUUUGGAAUUAAAUAAUCAACUGUAAGCUUUUUCUCAGAGUUCAGAUGGGGCUGAACUCCAAACCUUUGUGGUCUCGAAAGGUUUUAUUUCCUAUAAAGGUCAUGUCACUCCUAUUUAUUUUUCCCAUUUCAGUUAGUUAUGUGCUCCCGGGUACUAAGAGAAUCUAAACACAUGAGCCAACUUCAGCAACUGAUCGAAAGCAUUUUCGAAGCUGACAUAUGGCCUGGGAAGUCAUCUUCCCGACUCCCAGGCUCAUUCUCUGUGCAUCCCAGAUUUAGAUCCUAGUGGAAACUUGGCUCUGGCUCACAGCCACGCAAACCCAGGAACUUUAAUGAGUUUCUGUGUGCAGAAGUGAGGACAUUCCACUUGACUUGCAGAGGCAGAUGUUUCACUUUAAUGACAGCUAAUCUAAAAGCCAUUUCUUUUACUACCAUUUCCCUGCAGAAGAUUAACCAUGUUAUCAUUGUACUGCUUCUGCAUCAAGCAAUUUCCAAUUUGCCAGGGCUCUAAGGAGUCGCUGUCACCAUUAAUUUAAUGUGUUACAUGAAAUUAUCACUGGCAUUACAGCCUUUGGAGUCUUGGCUGUUUCAGUCAUUCUGCAGUAAACCGGUCUGUGUUGGAAUCUGUUGGUUCAGCCGGCUGUUACUCAAUGGCACCUUCAGGAAAGCGGCUCAUUAUUCAGAAGGCACAGCACUCCAAAGCUCUUUCUCCUGCUGUGGGUUCCAGAAACGACUUUUUCAUGUACACCUUGCUACAGAUGUGUAACCUCCACAUCUAAGACCCAUGCACCUAUUUAAUUUUCAAUUACUUUCCUUUCCAAAGCUUAUUUUGGACAUAGGAUGCAUGGCCAAAACCUACUUGAGACCUCGACGAGCCCGCUUGCUGUUCCUGAGAACCACUGAGUGCUUGUUCUGCGUGGGAUGCAAAGCUGAGUUUAACCGCCAGAUUAGCUGCGACUUCAGUUGUCUUACCACCCAACCUUAUCCGUUUUGUAUUUGUGUGUUCCCUCCAUGAUUCCAAAAAGUCAAGAGUUACAGAGGAUAAAUCAGUAUGAGGAUCUCCCCACAGACUCUAAAGGAAAUUAAGAACAGUUUCUGAUAAUAAGUUUGUGUGUCUCAUUCCUGAACUGCAUCACAGUAAUGAGAAAAUGCAGCCGCAAAGCCAGAGGGGGAGUGUAGGAGGGGAGCUGGAGCACAGGAGGAUGUUAAUGAUUCCAUUCCCUUCCUAUUUUGUUCUGCCCGUCACUCGUACUGUCUUCUCCAGGUCAGUCUGCAGAUCUGCUGGGUGUCCCGUGCGGGGUGCGUGGGUGGCACGUGCAGGCACAGGGGAGCCACAUCCAGACCAGUAGUGGGUGAAAUGGAACACCGAUGGUGAUUAGUAUUUUCCCACUUCAAAUUACCAUCUCAUGGAACAUCUUGAUUGCUGAGAAACCUCAGAUGUCAUAUUAUAAGUCAUUCAAACGUUGGUAACACUCUCUAAAAGUCACAUUAAAAUCUUGCAAUAUUAGGCGCACCUCAGUCCUGGUAACUGCGUAGGAUUUGUUCUUUUAGUUCAGAGUUUUAACAAUAGAACCAUUUAUACCUUGCCAUUUUCUUUUUUGGUGGUUUGUUGGCUUGGUGGGCUUUUCUUUUGCAACCUUUCCAACAGUAUUUUUGCAAAGCAGUUUCUUUUCUUCUCAUGCAUCAUUUGUCCAUUCUUGGGCAAUAAAAUGUACUUAGCAGAGAAAACAGGUAAUUAGCCAUCUACAUAAAUUGCCCCGUGUCUACAUCAUUGAUGUGUUUGGAUGUUUUAAUUGAUUGCUUUCUCAGCUGUUUUGGAUGGCUUAAAUGCCAGCUAAUGCAAUCCAAUUAAGCCUCCUCAUAAACCUGCCUGAUGAACUGCGAUAUAAUCGCACAUCAGGUGGAGCUGUAGAAGGAAAUGCCACGGAACUGACAGCUGAGAAUAAACUGUGUCAUUCUGAAAGGCCCAAACCACUUCUCAACAGGGAAACUUCUAAUUGACUGCAACUGCUGGUGGGUUUGGCAUCCGAGACCUGAUUCAACACAGCUUCAGCACAUGCUUAGGGCAACUCCUGUCCACAAAACAUUUCUCAUAGAACAGCCCAGGCUGGAACUGUCAUCUGUCACUUGUAAGAUAUAACAGCAGGAAUUGUUACGUGCUCCAUAGCUGAAAAUAAU